AUGGCAGAUCGAAAAACGGGUAACUGGUUAUCUUCAGUAGUUGGCAAUAUAUCAGGAUUUUGGUCACGCUCAUCAUCGGAAUUAGUUACAAGAUCAGAUAAAUCUGUUGACAGUCGGAAUUCUAAUCAGAAUACAUCUUAUGAAGAGCAGGGAGACAGUGAUGUGGGUGAGGAGAAUGAUGGUAUUGUUAUAGAAACUAUGUCUGCUGGACCAUCUGUUACACCAGAAAGCAAAUUUGCAUCAAAACAACGAGCAGUUCGUUAUUUAAGUCCAUCAACUCUGUCAUCUGUAAAUGUUGCCUCAGUUAAUAGCAGAAAUCGAAAACGUGCAGCGACAAGUAUCUUGUCGUAUAAUCAAGUGUCAGAUGUUGAGCAAACGAUUACGUCAUCAAUAGUUGGAUCUCUUCAUAGUGGUCCUUUGUCGAAACGCUCAAAAAUGCAGAGAGAUUUAACCGAUCGACAAUCGUUUCUUUCAUCUUCAUUUUCUGAUGUACCAGCACCGAAAAGUUAUAUCAGCCAAUCAUUUGUCUCGUCAUUCACUCCUGUAAGUUCCUCAACGACCAAACCAAAUGCAUCACGUACUCACAGCGUAGCGACCUCAUCAUUAAGUAGCAAAACACGUGCUAUUCUUGAGCAGUUACAGAAAAUCAGCUCACCAGUCAAGGAAGUAAAUCGAUUACCUAUCAAUUUCAAUGAGCCUGAACGUUGGGCAAAUGAUUUUGUCAGCAACGCAAUUCAAAAGCCACCACGAAAUUCUAUGUGCUCCUUAUCUCGUGCUCAGAUGAUAUCCAAUAUUCUCAAUACUAAAUCGCCAUCAGUAUUUUGGAGUCGUGCUACUAAUACAAACAAAAUCAUGGAUCCCUUCAGUGAUUUGUCGCAUAAUAUUCAAACAACAGAUUACAGUGCUGUACGUACAGCAAAAAAGAGUGAUUGCGAGAAAGUUCUGUCUCCCAACUCAUCAAGUUUAUCAUUAAAAUAUACGAGUCCUAUGAAUCUUUCACAAAAGCCAGAGUCAUCAGAAUCAUUGAUCGAUGACCAAAAAAAGCCAACAAUUUCCUCGAAAUCUACGGCAUCAGCCGUUGAAGCUCAAGACAUAUCAGUAUCGCGUUCGUCAUCGAAUAAAACGAACAAUGUGUUUAGUGCGAAGGCGCUGGAAUUAGAUAUUUCGAGUCCUGUUAAAGAAGUGAAGAGAAAUGAUAAGGAGGAAAUGGUACUUGCAACUGAAAUUGAUGAAGAUUUGUUUCCUUUUGCUCCUCCUUUGAGACGGGGACCGUUUAUCAGUGCUCAGUGUGAAGAAAUUCCUCAAAAGCAAGGGGUCAUCUUGAAUCCACUACAGGUCCCUCGAUCCUCUUCAUUCCCGACUGUGAGUGAUACAGUCAGUGUUUCGGAAGACACUCCUGUGACAGUGCAAAGAACCAGAAUGUCACUAACUGCAGAUGGAAAAAACACGGAAGGAUUACAUGGUACUGUGGAUAUCAAAGAAAAUCCAGCUAUUCAAAAGUCUGUCACGCUUAUGCCUGCGGCGGUUGACAAAGCCACAUCGAGUGCAUUAGAUUCUAAACCGUCAUUGCAGCAAUGUGGUGAACAAUGGUCAUGUCCCAAGUGUAUGGUUUUCGUUAAAGGUGAUAUCGAAAAAUGUGUUUGCUGUGGUUAUGAAAAAAAACAUGGCAUCACCAAGCAUUGGACGUGUGAUGAAUGUUGGGUUCCGAAUAAAUUAGAUGUUGAUAAAUGUGUAUCAUGUGGCUGUGUUAAAAAAGGUCGAAAAAGUAUCACGAAGCAGGUUGAAUCGAUUUCAGAAAAUAGUACUUCAACAAAUGUUUUUGGUGAUCACGCUUUCAAACCACAUCUCACGACUCAAGGCAUUUUGUUUGGUUUUCCUACCACAAAACCAGUAAUGGAUACGGCGUCAAUAUCGACAUGCUUGCCAUCACUGUCCACAGCUCAAAGUACAUUACCUGCGGUAAAUGGGAAUGCUAAUGUUGGGUCCACAUUGAAAUUUGGAUUGACAUCAAGUGCUUCAAUGCCAAGUUUUGGCCUCGGAAAAAUCCCUGAAACAAGUAUUUCGUUACCAGCCAUAACAGAAACACAACCCGCUGUGUUACCGUCUUCACAACCCCAAUUUCCUACCCUGAGAUUUGGCAUUCCUUCUUCUUCAACGACAACAUCAGCAAUUCCUUUGAUCAGCUCUUCGUUUUCAUUUCCAUCAUUAGUUUCUACGUCGUCAACAUCUAUAGCAACUGGUCGUUCUGAAAACAUUUUUAAAAUUUCAAUCCCAACAACCAUGAAUCCUUUUAAUUUCGGCUCAUUUAAUACUACAUCAGCUGCAAUGGAUAAAGUACCUACUGGUGAAGUUAGUAUGAUUUCAACAACUGAUAUGGGUAAGAUUCCAACAGCUGUAAUCACUGAGGCAUCCCCAGCUGAAAUCUGCAAGACAUCUGUGCCAUCGCUGUUUACAUUCGGUUCAUCUGCUUCAUCGUUAGCUCUUACUAAUAGUGCAUCUACUGGAACUUCAGCUGUUCCGUUACCAGCAUCAGAAUCAACUGUGCCUACUUUUUCUACUCCAAAAUUACCACUUUUUGGAGCUGUGGAUAGAUCAACAGUAAAUUCUGAAAAUCAUGAUGUUGUUGAAAUGAGUUCGCCAGUGACCUCACCAGUAACCUCAAAUGAGGUGGGAAUAUUUGGACUAAGUAAAUCGUCAACUGCUCCCAUAUUCAGUUUUGGGGCUUCAAAUGCUUCAAUAUCUACUUCAGUAGGAGGACUCUUUGGAAGUCUUCAAACAACAAUGCCUGGCGUGCUCGGUAUACCUGGCACCCCACUUUUUUCAUUUGGACAGCAGCAAUCGUCUCUUGAUUCGAAACCGUUCCAGUCUCCAGCUUCAUUAACAUCACCUCCAUCAACUUUCAAUUUUGGUAGCAGCGCAUCAAAUGGUGGUACAGGAUUUGUUUUUGGAUCAACUGCACCGCCCUUAAAUUUUGCUUUUGGUGGUCAGCAACUUUCAAAUAAUUCAACUUCAUCAUUCAAUUUUACUCCUGCAGCUUCAUUUGGGUUAGAUUCAUUUCCAUUGUCUACGUUGGAUCGACAUCAACGAGUGCAAGAAAGAUGUUGA